CAAACACCAGAGGCCACUGGCGGCGAUGGGGGACGUUACGGGCCUUACGGCGGGCGGGGAGGAUGCCUACCGGGUAGAUCCUAAGGAAGAAUUUGUUCAAGUCAGAAAGAGAGACCUAGAACGGUUGACAACAGAAGUGAUGCAGUUACGAGACUUUUUACCCAAAAUACUGAAUGGGGAAAUUUUGGAGAACUUCCAGAGAUUGGAUGUUGUAGAAACAAGCCUGGAAAAGAAAGAGCAGGAAGUAGAACAGAUGAGAAUGGAUUGUGAACAUUUUAAAGCCCGAUUGGAAAUAGCACAAGCAGAUAGCAUAAAAGAGAAGAAGGAGAAACUGGCCCUUAGACAGCAGCUGAAUGAAUUGAAGCAGCAACUAUUACAGCAGGCAGAAUAUUGUACAGAAAUGGGAGCAGCAACAUGUACUCUUUUGUGGAGUGUUUCCAGCAGUGAAGAAGUAGUCAAAUCAAUAUUGGGAGGAGAUAAGGCAUUGAAGUUUUUCAAUAUCACUGGACAAACAAUGGAAAGUUUUGUAAAAUCACUUGAUGGGAAUAUAAAACAGGAGCUGGAUUCUGAUGAAAAUCAAUUUGUAUUUGCUUUGGCUGGAAUUAUAACAAAUGUUGCUGCAAUAGCUUGUGGUCGUGAAUUCCUGGUUAAUUCAAGUCGUGUGCUGCUGGACACAAUAAUGCAACUUCUGGAAGACUUGAAGCCAGGACAGUGUACCAAACUCAAAGUCCACUGUUCCCAUUGGGAUUGACUGUCUUUCUAGCCACCGUCCUCAGCUAGACCAAAGGAGGAUCUGAGCAAGCAAAAAAAUAGAUCAAUGGGGAACACCAAAUAGUAUACUGUGGCAGCUUACUCUGUCCCCCACCAAACAGAAAUUGCUGCUUUUGUCUUGGAGAAAAUCAGAUUUAUGCAUUUACUGUGCUAUGGGAAGUUAAUGAUAACAUUUUUUUUCUCAUUUGGUUCCAAAGUCUACAGACAGAAAGAUUUAUUCAUUCAUUCAAUAAACAUUUUUAAGUGUUAGUUUUGACACAGGGUCUAUUUUCUUUGUCUAAUUUUUUAUGUGUGUUUUUUUUAUAAUAUGCCCUUUUCUCUUACCUUCCAUUCCCAUUUAUAAAUAAUAGAAAUAAAAAAUCGCUGAUGUUGAUCAUCUUAUUUUCUCUUUUUUGAGUGUUCUGUGUAUUGUUUUACAGCAAAAUGCCCAAUAUGUAUCAUAACUGUGACUAGUUAUAUAAAUUCAAAUUCAGUUGUAUAAAUAUGCAGAUUCAGCUGUGCAAAAUAGCAUAGAUAGUGCUUAAAUACAAAUGGCAGAAAUGAUUUUUUAAAAAAAGAAUAUUUAACACAAAUUUAUGAUUUUUAUAAAAUAGCAUUUGAACUAGAUAGUUUAGCUUAAUUUGUAUCCUUGGAUCCAAAGAAGCUUAUUUUCCAAAAACAAAUAAAACUAUUAGGGCCAUUUUGUGAUUAAAGGAUCACAGUUAAUAAGUCUCUAUUUCUAAGAGUUUUUACUGGCUCUUCUACAAAAAUGACCUGGCCUAGAGGAAAGACAACAGGAAUCCCUUGAGAGUUAGGCCAAAGUGCUAACUAACUAUGAUUAAAUAUUCUAUAUGAUCUAUUUUCACUAAUUCCAUUUUUAGUUAGAAUUUCUCUAAUUACUUUUGCUACAUGAUCGUUAUUAGGAUUUGGGAGCCUUUCGUUGUAUCAUAGAUUACAGAAUGAGCUGUUGUAUAGAUAAUAAUAUCCUUUACUUGAUCCAUGGAAAACAAGAAACAAGUCAUGAUUUCCAUCGAACUUGUAUUGUGAUUUUGUGAUUUUCACAAGGCAGUUUCCCAGGUCUUUUAGUUUUUUCUCAGUGUCAGAUUUCCUGGUAUCAGCUGCCAAGUUGAUCCUGGAAAAAUCCAAGGUGUAGAGAAAACAGAGUGUCUCUAGCUAUAUCACCAGAAACAAGAUUGCCUACAAAAUACCUUCAAAACUACAUGCACAUGUCUGUUUCUCCCCAAAACACCUGCUUAUACUUAUCCUUAAGGGCAAAAUUGGAGGCCUAGUGGGGAAAUAUCUGAUGACAUUUGCUGAGCUGCUACAUUAGAAGGAAAGUAUCCUUUGUCCUUUGGAACUGAGACUAUAUGAUUAUGCCUUUAAACUGCUUAUCAGUAGCAAUUUGAUUACUUGAAUGCUGUAUCAGCAGUAGUAGCUUGACUAUUUUGUUGUGGACUAUUGAGCUCUUAUAAAUAGUUGCUUUUAGAAAAAGUUAUUCUACAAUAUUUACAGAUGGGGUAAUUGAUAGAGUUGGAGGCAAAGAGCUGUGUGAGAGCUAAAAGCCAGUGAACAUGUUACCUGCACAGCUCCAUGGUACAGUUUGGAAUAAAAAGACAACUACCCUUUUUUCUUAGGCUACUUACAAUACUAAUGCAAUAAUGAUUAUGGUGUCCUUCAUUGUCUAAAAGUAUGUUAUAUUUCACUUAUUCCCUAGGGUUCUCCUAUGCUGUUAAAGGGGCUUGAGAAUUAUAGGUUCUUUAUCAUUGAUUCUAGCUCCCACUGGUGUUGUUUUAAUUAUGAAAGAGAGGAUCCACCCUGCCCUAGUUCUGUCUAACCAUUAACAAUUGGAUUAGUUUUCACAAAGAAAUAUUUACUUCAAAAAUAUAAUCACAGAUGUGUAAACAUACUCCCUAACAUGUAGGGCUUCCUCCUCUCUAACCCCUAUACCAUCUCAUUCUCUGAGGAAGAUGAGGGGCUUACAUUAAUAGGUUAGCUCAGUUCUUAGAGAGUACAGUUCCAAGUUUCAAAUCUAAAGUCCUCUUUAGGCUUAAUUGCCAAGCAACGUGGCUUCUCAGGGCUUCCCUGUCAGGCCUGCUGACUACAACAUCCUAUCCAGAAUUGUGCCUCCAAAGUUGUCCUGGCCUGAGCUCCUGUUCUGGUAGGGUCAGCACUUAAAAUUAAGGACCAAAGCAACAGAACAACCACAAUGGGAGAAGGCCCCUUAUAACCUUAUAACCUUAUAAAGGGGCCUUCUCCCAUUGGCUACAAUAGUCAGAUCAUGUUGAGUUUUUAAAGCAACAGAAGUGAGGAGGGAUAUCAUUGUACCUCCCCAUCUUUUUUACUCUGUGCCUUGAGUGUUUGCCUUGUUCUGUUUCUUUUGUCCUUAAUUUUAAGUGCUGACCCUACCAGAACAGGAGCUCAAUUCACUUGGGAACAUGUCUAGAAAGCCUGUGGUUAAAGGUAUCUCUGCAUUCUCUCUGCUUUUAAGUACCACAGGCUUUCUAGACAUGUUUCAAGGUCUCACUACACAUUUUCCUGUAAAAUUUGCCAUUGGCAAAUAAGCAGGGAUGUAUUUUUAAAAAAACUCAAUCCUUGUCCCAAGUGUAGAACAAUUUUUUAUGGUCCAUAGGGAGGCAAAAGCAAUGUCUUCUCUCUUGUUUCCUCAGUGCCAUAUAAUUAAGUCUAAAAUAGUCAUUUUAUAUGAUCAGGUAUAUACAGAUUAAAAUCACAAUUAUCCUCCAAUACAAAGUUUUCCAGGCAACAAGAAACAUUUCACAAAGUUUGUUAAAUAUUUCUCCUUGCCUAACCUUAGAUUUAUAUGAGCAGUCUCAACAGCAAAGGAAAGAGCAAAGACAAAGAAAACUGGCUUCCCUCCCUGAAAGUAAACUUGUUCCAGACUGUGCUUUUCAAACAACAUGGAAUUUAAACUAUUUCUCCACAGGGAUUUGAGAUGAGUUGAUAGGCUGAUGCCCCUUUCUCAGAUGAGAAGCUGUUCUAGGUGGAAACAUAUGCUCCGUCAGUGCAUAAGGCCAUUAGACUCCAAUCUGGACAAAAAGUGCUCCUUUCUGCACAGGGAAUACUCCUGUUCUCUAAGGUUCUUUGUUGUAUUGGUGGUUCCCCAGAGGGGUCCAGAUAGCUUUUCCUGGGUCUUUAUUCCCAAGGACACCCCCAAAUUUCCCCAAGGAUCCUUGCUAUUGCCAAGGUAAAACACAUAAUAACUGAAAACUCACUCAAUAGGACAAGAAAACAACAAAUCAGUUAAUUUUAGGCAAAGGCAUUUUUAUCAUAAGAAGAUGUAUUUAUUAGUAUGCCUAAUAUUCCAAACCUUACUAAUAUUUACUAUUUCCAUUUUUUGCUCACUGUUAAUUUGCAAAGUGUAAUUUGAAACCUCAGCCUUGUUUUGAUUUUCAUUUCUCUUAUUAGUGAUUUGGAACAUCCUUUCAUGCGUUUGUGAAUACUUAGCAGUUCUUAAAAAAACAAAACAAAAAAAAAACUGCCCCUAUACAC